CAUGGGGAACUGGGUGGAGAAUGAAGGACUGUCCAUCUUCGUUGUUCUUGUGUGGCUGGGCUUAAAUGUCUUCCUCUUUUGGUGGUACUAUCUUGUAUAUGAUGUCCCACCAAAAUUCUUCUACACCAGAGUGCUCCUUGGCCGUGCUCUGGCUCUUGCAAGAGCCCCUGCAGCCUGCCUGAAUUUCAAUUGCAUGCUGAUUCUGCUGCCAGUAUGUCGAAACCUGCUCUCCUUCCUCAGAGGAUCAAGUGCGUGCUGCUCUACCCGUAUCAGGCGACAGCUGGACAGAAACCUCACCUUUCACAAAAUGGUGGCCUGGAUGAUCGCCCUUCACACUGCAAUUCACACCAUUGCACACUUAUUCAACGUCGAGUGGAGUGUGCAAGCCCGUGUUGAAGAGAAAGGCACCCUGGCAGCUGCACUUUCUGGCCUUGGAGACAAACCAAAGGAAAGCUAUGUCAACUUCUUCAGACAAACCAUUGCUAAUCCCGUUGGGGGCCUCUAUGUGGCUUUCACGUACUUGGCUGGCAUCACUGGGGUUGUCAUCACACUGGCCCUCAUCCUCAUCAUCACCUCAUCCACCAAAACCAUCCGGAGGUCAUAUUUUGAAGUAUUUUGGUACACCCAUCAUCUCUUUGUCAUCUUCUUUAUUGGCCUUGUCAUCCACGGUGCUGGUCGUAUUGUACGGGGACAGACAGCUGAAAGUCUGGCUGAACACAACCCAGAGAUCUGCUACAAGAACUUCAGUCACUGGGGCAAGAGUGAGGAUUGUCCAAUCCCCCAGUUUUCAGGGAAUCCUCCUAUGACAUGGAAGUGGGUGGUAGGUCCCAUGUUUCUGUACCUGUGUGAGCGGCUGGUGCGGUUUUGGAGGUCACAGCAGAAGGUUGUUAUCACAAAGGUGGUCAUUCAUCCCUUCAAGACAAUUGAACUCCAGAUGAUGAAAAAAGGCUUCAAGAUGGAGGUUGGACAAUACAUUUUUGUCAAAUGUCCAGCAGUCUCUAAACUGGAAUGGCAUCCAUUUACACUGACUUCUGCUCCAGAAGAGGAUUACUUCAGCAUUCACGUCCGUAUCGUAGGAGACUGGACAGAGGGCUUGUUCAAUGCCUGUGGGUGUGAUAAACAAGAAUUCCAGGAGGCAUGGAAGUUGCCCAAGAUAGCUGUGGAUGGCCCCUUUGGAACAGCAAGUGAGGACGUGUUCAGUUAUGAAACUGUGAUGCUGGUUGGAGCUGGAAUAGGGGUCACCCCCUUUGCAUCUGUCCUCAAGUCUGUCUGGUACAAAUACUGCCAUGAUGCCACCAACCUAAAGCUCAAGAAGAUUUAUUUUUACUGGCUUUGCAGGGAUACUCAUGCCUUUGAAUGGUUUGCUGACCUCUUGCAAUCUCUGGAGGCUCAAAUGCAGGAGAGGAAUAACGCAGAGUUUCUGAGCUAUAACAUCUACCUUACAGGCUGGGAUGAAACUCAGGCCACUCACUUCGUAGUGCAUCAUGAAGAAGAGAAAGAUGUGAUUACAGGACUGAAACAGAAAACCUUGUAUGGAAGACCUAACUGGGAAAAUGAGUUCAAAACAAUUGCGGGGAAGCAUCCUGGCUCCAGAAUAGGUGUUUUUCUCUGUGGCCCUGAGGGCCUGGCUGACACACUCAACAAGCAGAGCAUCAGCAACUCAGAAGCUGAUCCACGAGGAGUACACUUCAUUUUUAACAAAGAAAAUUUCUAACUCCCAAGCAGGUGGGAGUCAUUAAAAGCAAAGUCUAAAGACUGAAUCUAUGUUUCUGUUUGGAGUCUGGGAAGGACAGCCCAGCUUCUAAAUUUCAGCUACACUAACGCAGGUCCCUUUGUUUCUUGGGAAUUAUUUUGGCUCUGUGGUAGAAUAAAAGAGUCAAGUUCUACCUUUGGGAAGUUUUCACUGCCCUCCAUGUGCUGGCUAUUUAGUAGAAAUCUGUUUUCUUUGUGUGAGGGGAUUUCCCCUCAAUUAACUGCCUUUAUCCUCCUAUUAUUUGCCACACUGCUGAGGAGUGGAAGCUGCCAUUUGCUUUUGGGAGCAAAUUCACACCCAUAAAGCUUAGUGCUAUUAAAUAAUAAAGCAUUCUGGCAUAAUGCUUGCUAUUAGGAAGCAGCUUCUCCUGGCUGCAGCCAGUCCUUGGAACAAGGGCAGCUGGAAAAGGGUGACUAGAAGAGGAAAACUCCUUACAAGAGGAAAACUCCUUUGUACACCAACACCUUCCAGGCUUCCAACAUAAGUCGUAAACAUCCUCUCCAAGAGAGAACACAUGCAGCUGAAAAGAAGCUGCUUCUCCUCAGGAAAAUGAAGAACUGAAAAGGAACCACAUGGGCUUCUGAGAACCAGCCCAGCUGCAGAGGGGUGACAAGGACAGGUUCAGUCCAAGUCCUGCACCUGGUGUGUGGGUCACUGCUCGGCUGCUUUGGACAUCCUCACUUCCACAUCUUCAGGCUCACGGUGCAGGGAGCCAUACAAGAAGGGGUUCUGUGUUUCCAAGGCUGCCAUUUCUGGUUUUCAAGGCUGAAAAAAGCUGUUGCUGAAUGGUUUUAAUGGGUACUUUCUGAAGACUCUUAGAUGCAAACUGUGCCUUUGGCCCUGUUGCUCAGCUGUUCCUUUUUGAUGGUGAAACAGGCUUUGAGAAAGCAAUGGUCACUUCAUUCACAGUUAUGGAAUAGCUGUGAGUAAAGUUUCUGAUGUGCACAAGACUCCCAUACACAGCACAGUGCCUCUGUGUGGACAUUACAGGUAGCAGGUUCUUAAAAACAAAAACAAAA